GUGAGAGUGUGUGAGUGUGUUUGAGUGUGAAGUGGACCCGGACUGAAGAGGACCCAUGAUGACGGCCAGGACCCAGGCAGCACCGGGCCGGGAGAAAGUAGAGCCGAAGAGCCGAAAAACAGAGAUGGAGUUGCGGGUGAGGCGGGGGCUCUGGUUGGUUUGUUGAGCAUGCUCAGUCUGUUCCCCUGCUGCUGGUGCUGCUGGAGUUUAUACCAACCAAUCAGAGAGCCUGAACUGAGCGGGCUACAUCUCCGGAGUCAUCCUGACUCUUGGAUCGUUCCUGGGGCUUCUGGGACUUUGUCUGGAGGAAAACCGCAGACAGCUGCUGACUGCUGCGAUAGUGUUCCUCAGUUUGGGCGUGAUGGGCUCGUUCCUGUGCGUGGUGAUUGAUGGCGUCUGUGUUGUGUUUAACAUGGACAUGCGUCCACUGAAAGCAGACCGAUGCCAGUACUACAGCGGCGGCAGCAGCUACGUCUACGAGAACUUCUACACCUCUGCGACCUGUUGGAGUCCAAAGGAGUCGUGUAACAUGACGGUACGAAGCGGGACCUGCUACUGCUGCGACCUGUACGACUGCGCCAAUGGAGGCUACCUGAACAACUACUACGAGUUUGUUGGAGUAAAAAGCUGUGAGGAAGUUUUCACUCUGUACGUUUUGAUUUGGAUCCUCGCCAGCCUGAACCUGGUGGCCUUCUUCGCGGGAAUCCUCACCACAGCGGUGCUCGGCAGCGUCAAACACCUGAGGAGCAGCAGCAGUGUGAGCGAGUCCUCUGAGAGCGCAGCAUCUUCCCCGACAGCUCCCCUGCUGAUGGACACCAACACACACACAGCUCACCGGCUCUACCCAGUGAUUGAAUCCUCGAUGUUCUUCCCUCCGUCCUCCCCUCCUCACCCAGAGUCUCCCCCUCCGUCCUCCCCUCCUCACCCAGAGUCUCCCCCUCCGUCCUCCCCCCCGCUGCCUUACAGAGUCAACGGCCUCUCUGCAUGAGCCCCAUCAACACAUGACCACAAUGGGACACAUGUUUUAUUAUUCGCCGAUGUGAAUCUUAUAUUAUAUCUGCUGAAUCCUAUGCAAAGACUGUUUCCAAAGUAAACACAAAUUGAUGUCAUUGUUUCUCACCUUGUAGUUUUACAAAUAUGAAAAGCCAGAUAUGAAUUAACCAUGUUCCCAUUUCACAUUUCCUGGAUGCUGGUUGCUCUCACAGAUGAACUCUUAGUCAGAUUGAACUCUGGACGAUCAGAUCAAAUGUCUUCAGUUGUGUGUGUGCACAUGAUCUGUUAUGUAAUGUUAAAUAAUCAACUGUAUUACUUUACCAGACGUCAGUGAGAACAAACACAGAAGUGUAGACAUCAUGUGGACAAAACUGAAAUGCAUCAUUUAAAAUAUCAAUACUCACAAACUAAUAUGACACAUACGUUUUGGUAAUGAAUAUUAAUAUUAUUAUGUUGUGUAAUAAAGUUUGAUUCGUGCCCUU